CGAAGCCUGGCAGGACCCUGAAGGAGUAAGGUCUUCGGAGUCCCACAGUCGAUCCAGUGACUGGAGAAGUGACAGGCUGGCCCUCUGUGCGAAAUGACAACCCUGGGCGGAAGUCCCCUUUUGCCCAGAAGACUCGGGUCUCCGCUACUCCUGUCUGCUGCCCUCGCGAAGCAAGGCCCAGCCGUCUUCGCGGCGCCCCGCCCCCCGUCUCUCAUUGGCGCCCUCGGCGCACGUGGGGGGGGGCAAAGAGGCGUGGACACAGUGGCUGGGGCGGGCGGCCGGAGUCCGUAGGUCAUGAGAGGCCUGUGGACUCGGGCUUGGGGCCGCAGGGAUACCAUGGUGCCGGGCCCGUGGCGACGGCGGCGGCCGGAGGAGCUGCAGGUUCCGGGGGACGCGAAGCGGGUGUGCAGGAGACUCGAGGUGGCUGGGCAGGAGCGAGGCUGCCCCCCGGUGAAGGUGAGCGCCCCCAUGUCCUGGAGCGGCGAGGAGCUCCCUGACAGCGGCCAGCGGUGGCCACGCGCGGGGAUUCCUCACAACGGUGGAAGGAACUCGGCCCAGCCUUGCCCGAGAUGUAUUGCGGGGGAAUCUAAACCACAGAUUUCGGAGGGAGAAAUGCAGUAUUCCCACCAUUAAAUCAAAGUAAAGGAGGCCUAACAUAGCCAGAGUCACAUUCCCCAUCUCCUGUAUCGGGCAGGAUAUCGUAAGGUUGGACACUAGCGUCAUACCUUUGUUAUUCAUUUUGGACUUACUCUAAGAACAAGUUAAUAUGUCUUUUGAUAACCUCUGUAAUUCUUGGGGUUUUUUUAAUUUUAAAUUUAGAAUUGUAAUAUCACAAUAAAAUGGAAUUACGUUUAAUUGACACAUAGAAACCAGGAGAGAGAGAAAGAGAGAGAGAGAGAGAGAGAGUGUGUGUGUGUGUGUGUGUGUGUGUGUGUGUGUAUCUGUGUGUAUGUGAGUAUUUCUUAGAUUUCCCCCUACAGAUUUUUAGAGAAAUGUAUUGCUCUGUUUCUGAUAUGCAAAAGAUUGAGUCAAUAAAUUAUAAGAUUUUCAGUGGAUAUAUUGCAGGCUACUGUAUUUUACAGUGAGAAGCAAUGGUUUUGUUUUUAGUGAAGACCUAAGUGUCGGCUAUCGCCCGUGUGAACCUCUGGUCACCUGAAGUCAUUGGAGAAAUAGAAACCAAGCUUAGUGUUUGACUUGCUUUGUAAAGGUGUGCUUUUCGAUUUUUUUUUUUUAAUGUUUAUUUUUGAGAGAAAGAAAGCAUGAGCAGGGGAGGGGCAGAGAGAGAGAGGGAGACACAGAAUCC